UGCAGUGUCCUCUCCGGUGAUGUCAGCGAGCCUGCAGAAACAACCAUUAGCAGGGUUGGGCUUGUUCAGGUGUGCCUAAUAGUUGUAACAAUGAGGGAGUGCAUUUCUGUUCACAUCGGACAAGCGGGCAUCCAGAUGGGCAACUCCUGCUGGGAGCUGUACUGUUUGGAGCAUGGCUUCCUGCCAGAUGGAACAGUGCAUGAAUCCAACGCUGCCUCCCUGGCCGACACAUCCUUCGGUACUUUCUUCACUGAAACUGGUACCGGGAAGUACGUCCCCAGAGCCAUCUUUAUUGAUCUGGAGCCGUCGGUCGUGGAUGAAGUACGAAAUGGCCCCUAUGGUCAUUUGUACCACCCUGAGCAACUGAUCAGUGGCAAGGAGGACGCAGCUAACAACUAUGCCCGCGGGCACUACACCAUCGGCAAGGAGAUUGUGGAAUCCGUCCUUGACAGGAUGCGUAAAAUGGCGGACCAGUGCACCGGACUGCAGGGCUUCCUCAUCUUUCACAGCUUUGGCGGGGGGACCGGCUCUGGUUUCACCUCCUUGCUGAUGGAGCGUCUGUCUGUGGACUACGGUAAGAAGUCCAAGCUGGAGUUCUCGGUGUACCCUGCCCCCCAGGUGUCCACAGCUGUGGUGGAGCCCUACAACUCCAUCCUGACCACUCACACCACCCUGGAGCACUCGGACUGCUCCUUCAUGGUGGACAAUGAAGCCAUCUUUGACAUCUGCAAGCGCAACGUGGGGGUGGAGCGUCCCUCCUACACCAACCUCAACCGCCUGAUUGCCCAGAUCGUGUCCUCCAUAACUGCCUCCCUGCGUUUUGACGGCGCCCUCAACGUGGACCUGACUGAGUUCCAGACCAACCUGGUGCCCUACCCCCGCAUCCACUUCCCCCUGGUGACCUACGCCCCCAUCAUCUCAGCCGAGAGGGCCUACCACGAGCAGCUCUCCGUAUCCGAGAUCACCAACGCUUGCUUCGAGCCGGCCAACCAGAUGGUGAAGUGUGACCCCAGGCGUGGCAAGUACAUGGCCUGCUGCCUGCUCUACCGCGGGGACGUUGUCCCCAAGGAUGUCAACGCCGCCAUCGCUGCCAUCAAGACGAGGCGCUCCAUCCAGUUUGUGGACUGGUGUCCCACAGGCUUCAAGGUGGGCAUCAACUACCAGCCCCCCACUGUGGUUCCUGGAGGGGACCUGGCCAAGGUGCAGAGGGCCGUGUGCAUGCUGAGCAACACCACCGCUAUCUCCGAGGCCUGGAGCCGACUAGACCACAAGUUUGACCUGAUGUACGCCAAGCGUGCGUUCGUGCACUGGUACGUAGGUGAGGGCAUGGAGGAGGGUGAGUUCUCUGAGGCCAGGGAGGACAUGGCUGCCCUGGAGAAGGACUAUGAGGAGGUGGGGACGGAGUCUGGAAAUGGCUGUGAGGAGGGGGAGGAAGAUGAAUAUUGAAUCCCUGUAGCCCUACGUGCUAUAACUGUUACAGUACUAAGUGGCUUUUGUAUUAAAAUAUACUAAGCAUUAAUGUUGUCUUGGUGGUUUUGGCUUGAGGUGUACAUAAGCGUUUCUUGAUAGUGGAACGUAAAACCGCACACCUAUUUCCCAUUUUGUCCUGUACUCUGAUCCUCAACCUGUUUGGGAUACGUGACACUGAAACUAAUCGAGAACCUGUCCUACAAGAGUGAACAUUCUUCCAUUAUGAAACGUGACCUCAGCACAAUGAGGCUAGGCACUGACGCUCCCAGAUACUCAACACCGCAUAGACUGUCUGCUGAUGAGCAAUCCUGCGAGAAAUAUUGAUCUAAUUCGGAGUGACCUUGAACCCGCCUGGUCGCAGGCAAACUACUGCCACACAGCAGCGUAAACAACAGCCUACUUCAGAGACCUGUACCUGUGACUGGAUUUUAAAUAUGACCGAUUGGGCCUGCAGGCUAGACGGAUGUAUUGUCUUACAUUUACAUACGGUAAAAUAGGCUGUGUUAACCUACAUCCCAUGCUCGUUUUGGUCUGAGACGCGGUCUGGUUUCAUAAUGCAACAAUGUUCACUCUUGUAGGACAUGUGCUUUACCUGUUCAAUGCGUUAGGGGAUAGGCGUUCAGCCCCAGAAUCGUGUGUAUUGCAGGCUACGCACGUUUACUAUCACAAAUCUGCGAGCUGUCAAAGGUCUCCUAGCAACAAGACCGCGCCUCAGCCCAAAACGAGCAUGGGAUUUAGGCUAACACAGAACCUAUUUUACCGAAACGCUGUCGUAGUAGCCUAUAGCCAGAUUGUCGGUAAUGGGGAUACCUAUCCAAUAAACAAAAACGGUAGCAGAAAGCCUACCACAACUUGACAUCUCUCUGGAGUCUAGCCG